AUGUUCCAGCCAGUUGAUGCUGCUAUAGGCAAGACUGGAGGUAUUGCUUUGAUUCAAGUUGCAUAUCAGAAGGUUGUCUACCUGAUACAGUCUAAGGCCUAUCACAAGGUUGGUGUCAAUGUUAUGUCAAAUCUUCAGCAACUCCAGGGUGAUUGCAUUCUUCAUGCCAUUCUUGAAUCCUAUGUUACAUGGUCACUCUACCUCACUCUUACAGUAGUCAAGGCUCCACAGAAUGUCACUGGGUCAACACAAGGUGGCACUGCAGUCACUGUGUAUGCUCCUAAUGUGAUGGUUGUCCAAGAAGUUUUGGUUCCUGGGUACUUGAUAUUAGGCAGCCUUCUUGCCUUACACACUCCAACAGCCUUAUCUGCAUUUGGACCAGCUUCAUUCACAAUCCUCUGCCAGGCUAAUCAUCUGCAAACAUCACCAGUUCCUUCUCUACUGAAUCUGACUGCUGUUGGGAGCUGCAAAGACCAGACUCUAGUGAAUCCUUCUGCUGAGGGUGAAAUACUAUCUACAGACACUAAUGAGGAUAGUUUCCAGUCAAUUUUUUUGGACACAGUUGCAAUAUAUCUUAAUGCAAGCAUCAAGUUGAAGUCUGAGCCAGGGCAGCCUAUUCCUGACUCAUCAAUCGAUGAGGCUGCCCUGGAGGCAAUUUUACAGCUCAUCCUUGAUAUCACAAAUUUUGUACCAAAGAGCAUGGACCUGAAUGUCUCCUAUGACACAAAGUUGAUAUCAAAGUUGGAGUGGAUUCUCACCAGAGUUCAUCACUAUGUUCCACCACCAGAAAUACUGUUCAGCCAAGUUGUAGUAGUUGUCAAGACCUAUGGACCCCUUAAGGAUGUGACAACAGGACAGCCACUGUUCAAUGACAAGGCCUAG